AUGCGCGUCGCAAUCGCCGGUGGCACUAGUCCAACACUAGGUUUCUCAAUUGUCUCAGCUCUUCUCGCCACGGAUGGUCGCUAUACCCCAGUCAUUCUAUCAAGGGAAACUACGAUCUCGAAAAAGCAGAGCCUUGCUCAAAAUGAAGUUGAAGUGCGAUGCGUGGACUAUCAUUCACAGACUUCUUUGGUCACUGCGUUGAAGGACAUUGACACAGUAAUCAAUGUUUUGCUCAUCCCAGGCCCCGAAUGGGUGACCGUGCAGCUGAACCUCCUUCAUGCAGCAGAAGCUGCAGGCUGCCGCCGCUUUGCCCCAUCUGAAUUUGCCCUCACUUCUUCAGCCCACUCGAUGGUCGACCUACUCGAUGCCAAGAAUAAGGUCUGGGAAGUUGUUCAAACGUCGGUAAAUCAACAUCGAAUCGAUGCCGCUCGUUUUCCAUGCGGGAUGUUCAUGAACUAUCUCGGCAUCGGAUGCCCCGAUUCGGGCAGACGAAAAGAUGCCUUGGCUGGGUUUCAAGAAGGACCGUUUCUCAUUCACUUCGAGAACCCCGAGUCGCCUUGGAUUGAAGUUCCCCUCCGAUCAGACCAAACCUUUCCGAGACUCACUAUGACUGACAUUCGUGAUAUCGGUCGAUUUAUUGUUGCCGCUCUGGACAUCACUGAGCCAUGGGCUGGUCGAGAGCUUGGAAUGGUGGGGGAUACUCUGAGCUUCGAAGAUCUGAUCAGCAUUUGCCAAAAACAUGUUGAGCGCCCUAUCGAGAUCCGACCCUUGACAGAGUCUGCCCUUCAGACAAAACUUUUGACCAUUCCACAAAGCGAAAUUAUCGCCCGAAUGGAAUGUCAAUUGGCAAUCGUCUGCGCUAGGGACAUGUCUGUGGUACCGCCCACGCUCAAUGAGUUAUCUUCAGUGCAACCCACGACCGUCGCCGAAUACAUGCGGCACUACUGGGGACCAGAGAGGUAUCAAAGUUAA